ACCUCCUCCUCCUUAUAUCUGAAACUGCUUCACCUCCCACCAUCAGCGGAUAAGCAAAUAUGAUCUACAGGACUGGAUCUCUCACUAUUUAGGUGAAGAGUCUCAGUUAAGGAUCUCUGGAGAUCAGACACCAGCAGAUCCUCCUCCACCAUGUUCUCUCCAUCAUCUCUACUGCUCCUGCUGGCAGCUGCUUCCUGUGUACACUGUUAUGAACUGAAUCAGCCUGGAUCCAUGACGGUACAACCAGGCCAGGUUCUCUCCAUCAACUGCAAGGUUUCAUAUUCAGUUACGAGUUAUGAUACAGCUUGGAUUCGACAGGCUGCAGGAGAAGCUCUGGAGUGGAUUGGAUUCAUCAAUAGUGGUGGUAGCACAGCUUACAGUGAUAAACUGAAAAAUAAGUUCAGCAUCUCCAGAGACACGAGCAGCAACACCAUAACAUUACGAGGCCAGAAUGUACAAGCUGAAGAUUCAGCUGUGUAUUACUGUGCGAGAUUCACAGUGAUGCUGAGUAGUGGAGUCGCCUCACAAAAACCAUCUCAAGCUCUGUCAGUGAGGAGUGAUGAGAUCCGACUGGACCAGCUUCCUACAGAGGUCAAGAAACCUGGAGAACAUCUGAAGAUCUCCUGUAAAAUUACCGGUUUUGAUAUGACAAGCUACCUCAUGCACUGGAUCCUGCAGAAACCAGGAAAAGCUCUGGAAUGGAUUGGGUAUGUCAAUUCGGGAAGUUCAGAUGACCCCACAUAUGCAGAAUCAAUGAAAGCCCGGUUCAAGCUGAGUGAAGAUGUUCAAGCAAGUACUCAGUACCUAGAGAUCCAGAGUCUGAGAGCAGAAGAUACUGCAGUUUAUUACUGCGCCCGACAACCACAGUGA